GCAUCUGCGUCGACCAUUUCAAUCACGAUACGAUUUAGUAAACCAUCUAUAAAGCUGCAAUUCAGAUCGUCUACUACAGAUGAAGCAACAACAUAUGGGGAAGGAUUAAAGAUUACAGAUAAGGGAACCCUGAAGUGGCUCGGUAGCUUUGAAAGCCUAAAAUAUCUCGUCGAGAAAUUGCAAUUACCAAAAGCCAAAUGGAUUACUCCAGGCAGUGGCUCGAAAUUGUAUGAAUGCGAAGAGUUUUCUGUGCGCUGGUAUUCAACCAAUGGAACACUCACUUUCAAGGGAAAUAAAGCAAGUGAAAUUAAAGCAAACUUCAUCUCCAUCUUGGAAAACGAAGUAGAAGAGAUUAGCCAAAGUGAAGACGAAUUGCAAUAUAGCAGUGCUUUGCAUAAAGAUUCAAUAAAAACUAAUGGCCCGUCCACAAACUGUGACUCAACAUGCAUUAAUUUAGAACAAUAUCUAUUGAUAAACGAUCUCAUGAGUAAAUUCAUGCAAAGAAUAGACGACAAGGUCGAGGGGAUUUCGCAAAAAGUAAACAAUCUGAAGGCCAAUACAAGUCAACCAGAACGAAUUGAUCUGAUCAACAACCUCAUGAUCAAACGGGAAAUCGACGAUCUUAAAAAUGAAAACUUAGAAUUACGCCAAAGGAAUGCGACUAUAUCAUACGCUAUGGCAGACUUGCAAACUAAAGUUAAAGAUACGGAGCACGAAAAAAACCCAGCCUAA